CACGUGACCCCCGCUGUAGUAAAAGGUCUCCGUAAAUAUUCUGUUUCUUCCUCCAGACAGAGCCUGCUCUAAAAAAUAAAAUAAAAUAGCCAAAGCUCUUGAGAUGAAAGGAGAGCCGUGAACGAGACGGUGAUGAUUGUUUCUGGCACGUGCUGCUACUCCUUAUCCCAUGACUCAUGGAUUCAUGAGUUUUAUAUUGAUUCUUUGUGAUCAUUCAUGCUUUCAUAUUCCAAUCUGGUGGAGGAGUAAGGACACUCUUAAACAAGUUGUGACUUCAAGAGCUUUUCCAUUUACGGCAAAUGCCCACAGUAUUUUCUCUAAAAAGAAGACACCUUAGGCCAUGAACUCUGCCUUCUCCACAUCCUUUUGAUUGUGCUAGAAGAGAAACAGCACAAGAUACCAGCAGCAAUUGCCCUCCAAGACAAGAAAAGGAAAGGAGGGGAUAAAACACAUCCAUCUUAGUCUCCUGCUUCAGGUUAACUGGUUUAACAACAUAUGUGUGAACAGAAUUAUUAAAAGACAGACACAAUCACCAGUUCUGUUCUGCAACACUAUUGCUGCAAUGUCCUGCUUUUAAGAUGGGUUCCUCAGAGAAUAGGAAGUAGACUGAUAAGACAAGCACACAGCUUCUUGGUUCAGACAAAGCAUACUAAAUAAGCAUCCCGUUAUCUAAAUCACAGCUCAACAUGGCUUGGGAGGAAAUUGAGGAGUACAAUUAUAGCAUGUGGCACCAUUUCGUCCUAUGGUUAAUCGUCAUCUUUAUAUGGUGGAAAUGGAGAGGUAGGGAGAAUUUAGACGAAGUGGAUCCCGAAGGGAAAUACAUAUUCAUCACUGGUUGUGACUCUGGAUUUGGGAAACUGGCAGCUAUGACCUUUGAUAGGCGAGGAUUUCAAGUGAUUGCUGGUUGCCUCACGGAAAAGGGGGCAAAGGAGCUGAAAGAGGAGUCAUCGGCCAACCUCCAAACAGUGCAGCUGGAUGUGACAAACUCAGACAACAUCAAGCAAGUAGCAGAACAAGUUAAGAAAGAAGUAGGACAACGUGGUCUCUGGGGCCUUAUCAAUAAUGCUGGUGUCAUGGGACCAUCAGCCCCUACCGACUGGCUGAAGAUUGAGCACUUUAGAGCGCCCAUUGAAAUCAACCUGAUAGGCCUCAUAAAUGUUACAUUAAACAUGCUUCCGUUGUUGAAGAAAGCCAAAGGAAGAAUAGUAAAUGUAACCAGCGUUGGUGGUAUUCUGGCAAUAUGUUCAGGGGGUUAUUGUCCAUCCAAAUAUGGAGCAGAAGCCUUCACCAACAAUUUAAGACAGGAUAUGAAGCCCUUUGGAGUGGAAGUGUCCUGUAUUCAGCCUGGCUUGUUCAAAACACCUCUCUCUGAUAGAGCCCGGGUCAUAAAAGAAAAAGUGGCCAUUUGGAAUAGCCUUCCUCCCACCAUCCAACGGCAAUAUGGUGAACAUUACCUCAAGGAAGAUGCAAAAAAGAAAGAUAAAUUAGUCAAGAUGUGCCAGAAUUCAGACCUGUCACUGGUUGUGAGGUGCAUGGAACAUGCCAUAAUGAGCAAAUAUCCAAAGGCUUAUUACAGCGUAGGCACAGAUGCUAAAUUCCUUUGGAUUCCUCUUUCAAAGAUGCCCACCUUUAUCCAGGACUACAUGCUCAUGAAGAACAAAGUUAAGCUAUUUAAUCCAAACUCAGAAUAAGAUCUCCUCCUUUGUUUCCUUGGAGGGAAACGCCAACCUGUUGGCUCCGAACUUAUGAUACUGUGACCAUUGUUUGUUACCCAGUUCAAAGUACCAAUUCACAUACAUGCUUCAAAAGCUGUGCUUGCUUAAAUAAGGAAGAUAAAUACUCCAAUGUUCAGGCAAACAAGCAUCCAGUCGUGUGGGUGAUCCCAUUUCUUGCUGACAUUAAGACAGUAACAUGGUCUGUAUUGUCUGAUGGUUGUUAAGGCUGAACUAGCAUUUGCUGACAAAAAUACAUCCUAGGCAAUCGAUCAGUCAAAACUUGGAAAACUCUACUAUCGCAGGACAGUGAAAUAAUCGUGUAUUUUAAGAGCUCAUGAGAAGAAAAACAAAGCACAAAGGCAGUUAAAAAUACUAUGUACUUUGCAAACAUUGGUGAUUUGAAAGAGCUCUACAGAAGCAAAACAAAAUCCUGGUUCACCCUUUAUAUGUACGUAUGUGUGUGUGUAUGUGAGAGAGAGAGGGAGGAAGGGAGCGAGGGAGAGACAGAGAGACCCAUAUAAUGGCAGUUUAAGCCCUUUGCAGAGGAUUGAAUUCUCGGAUGAUUGGAAUUUGCCCAGAGGUCAAGAGACUAACCCAAGGAAGGACCAAUUGAAAGAGAUAUAGGUAGCCCUUGACUUACAACCACAAUUGAGCCUAAAAUUUAUGUUAAGUGAGACAUUUGUCAAGUGAGUUUUGACCCAUUUUAUGACCUUUCUUGACACAGUUGUUAAGUGAAUCACUGCAGUUGUUGAGUUAGUAACCUGGUUGUUAAGUGAAUCUGGUUUCCCCAUUGACUUAGAUUGUUGGAAAGUGGCAAAAUGUGAUCACACGACCCUGGGACACAAUAGCUAUCAUCAAUAUAAACCAGUUGCCAAGCAUCUGAAUUUUGAUCACAGCAAGUUG